AUGGAUGACCAGCCAUCACAGACAACAAAGAUUGCUCGCCGAUCUACCAUCUCAAGCCUACCAGAUGCAUCUUCAACAACUCCAGAAGCCUGCACGGAAGCCUCAUCCGAAGUUGUCGAGAACGUUUCGGUCGCAUAUGAGUCUCAAGAGACUAUUCCCUCCCAUCCAGUCACUUAUUCUGUGCCAUCUGCCGAAGCUCCAAGCCUUGAGAGUACUCAAGGCCUUCCAUUCACCUCUGCAGGGCACUUCCAUCCAGUCGAUCUAUCAGCUACACUCGCCAGCGAUGAUUACAUAUCUGGGGAUAAAACUGUCAACAGUGAGGGUAGAUUCACUUCGUCGAAUCAGAGAGAGUCAGAAACGGGAACACCCAUAGAUCAGUCAUGCUCUAUCCACCCUGAGACUGGAAAUCCAUCAUCCGCCUUGUCCCAACCAACGAAAAACUCUUCCGUUGGAUUUCAGAGUCAUUGCUUCGAUACAAAAGCUCAAAUUAUGUCGCCUGAUCCGAAAGCAGCUGAUCCUAUUCCUGCUGGAAACCUCACUCAAAGUCAUUCAAAGUCAACCUUCGCUCGUAACCCAGCACAACCAGCUGCCGCAAACAACAACCGCCAGCUGAUUCCACUACCUCGUAAACACGAAAAUCACAAGAUGUUCACAGCCGGAUAUAACCACAGGAUAUUCAUCGAGGCUACCAAAAUUAUGCCUGAUGAGGCGCUUGACGAGUUCUUCGACUUCGAGGGAUACACGGACGAGAGAAAUGGAAACACAGAAAUGGUUGGCGUCAUACAAGAGUCCGCUGUCAGGAGCGAUCUCCAAUUUGAUGGCCAUGAAGUACCAAGGGACAGCACUGAGCCGGAUGGUGGAAAUGGGGUCAAGAAGGAUGUUGAUGAUAGUGGAGGCAAUGUUUCUGCAGCUCAGACCGAGAGAGUAGUCAACUUCGAGGCUUCAACUGAGGACACAGUAAUGGCAGAUGAUGAUAAGGAAGACGAUUUAACAGCAGCCUUGCCAGAAGUCGAUAGCCCAACCUCACACCACAACCAGACAUCUUCUGAGCAAGGAAAGGAAGAAUCGGAUAUCAUUGAUGCAGACAACGAAAUGGAAUGUCUGGAUGAGGUUGAUCAGCUCUGA